UGCAAAGAAUUGGACAGGACUGAGCGAUUUUUGCUUUCACUUUUCCUUCCCUCUAUUACAAAGUGACUGUUUUUUCCCUCUUUCUUCAAAUUUCACUCAAAGAAUGACUUUGCUUAUCUGUAAAAUGUAGAUGAUAAUGUUAACCUCAUUGGAUGCAGGAAAAUUUAUAGAAUGUAUCAGUUCAGUUCAGUUCAGUCGCUCAGUCAUGUCCGACUCUUUGCGACCCCAUGAAUCGUAGUAUGCCAGGCCUCCCUGUCCAUCACCAAUUCCCAGAGUUCACUCAGACUCACUAAUGUGAAGCAAGUACUUAAUUACUGAGUCCCCAUCUCUUCUUUGUCACCCUUCUUGAGAUAACAGAUGCAUAGAAAUUAUGCUCAAAUUAGAACAUGUCAAAUCUUCCUAAUACUUUCUGGCUGAGCUCAUGGAGAGCCUUAGAAUGACUUUUAGCACUCACUCCAGGCUGCUACUAUCAAUCAGAUAGAGUUCACACAUGAGGUAGGACUUAUUUGUCAUCCUGUCUUGGAUAAAUGAGAGAUGGUUUUUCCCCCCCGUUUCUAAAUGUGGUUCUGCUACAUCUAUCUGCUUCGUUCCCGCACCAUAUCAGUCUAGCACUUUGCCUUCUGACUUUGUUUUAGAACAGGGCCUACCCACAUUCUACCUUGAUUUCUGUUUCUUUUCCUGUAUUCCAAAAUGGUUCUGAGAAACCAAAGGUGUGGCUUAUUAUGGCUUGGAUAUACAAAGUUAUUCUAUCCUGAGUUGAUUGUAAUACCUUGUUACUUUGGUUAUUCCUCCAUUUUAGCAAAAAAAAUAUGCGUUUCCCAUUUGUUUUCGCCUAUAUAUAUAUAAAUACACACAGGAUUCUGCAAGGGUACUAGACGCUGGAUUGCUAGAGGCCAGCAGCUGUAGUUGCAGCUAUUUUAUGUUCAAUCUCAGGAUGUUUCCCUUGGCCAAAAAUGCACUAAGUCGUCUGAGAGUUCAAAGCAUUCAGCAAGCAGUGGCAAGGCAGAUCCACCAGAAGCGGGCACCUAAUUUCCAUGACAAAUACGGUAAUGCCGUGUUAGCUAGUGGAGCCACUUUCUGUGUUGCUAUAUGGGUAUAUACGGCAAAACAAAUUGGAAUAGAAUGGAACCCAUCGCCUGUUGGCAGAGUCAUCCCAAAGGAAUGGAGAGAACAGUAAUCAUCCCAGCUGGUUUAAAAAACUGAAUUGUUUCAAAAUCAACUCAUAAUUAAUUCCAAGUAAAAGUACUAUGUACUCAUUAAAAUAUGGCAUGUUUGAAGAAAUAAAGUAUACUUGAAACCUUCAA